GCCAGAUAUUGAAUAUUCAACCAAUGACAGUUUUGAAAUCUCAUUUGCAUGCAUUUUUUCGCGUGAACUUUUCGAAUUUGCUGCACUUGUUUUCGUGCUGUCACACGCGAUGGGUUUGUUUAAUAAGAAGAAAAAAGAUGCCGAUCAAGACCAGUCAGUAACACUAAAAAAAGAAGUUUCUGUAAUACAAGGCGUCAGCAUUGUUGUUGGAGUGAUAAUUGGUUCUGGAAUUUUCGUAUCACCAGUUGGAGUUUUAACAUAUACUAAGUCUGUCGGAUUGUCUUUCAUUUUGUGGUCUGUGACAGGGUUAUUCAGUGCUCUUGGCGCAAUUGUGUACGCCGAGUUGGGAGUCACGAUUCCUCGAUCUGGUGGAGAAUAUAUUUACAUCCUCCAGACAUUUGGACCCUUGCCCGCCUUUCUUGCUUUUUGGAUCACAUUUGUAGUGAUUGGAUCUGCCAGCUGUGCUGCUAAUGGACUUAUUUUUGCAGACUAUAUUCUCCGGCCAAUAUACCUUAGUUGCACUACUCCCACUUUUGUUGUUCGACUUGUUGGAGUUCUUGGGAUUCUAACACUUUGUUUCAUACACUGCUUUAGUGUUAAAUGGGCAACGAAAAUUGCAGUCGUCUUCACUACUUGCAAAGUAGCAGCUCUAUUGCUUAUUAUUGGGUUUGGCUGCUACUACUUAGCUAUAGGUAACACGGAGAGUUUUAAGGAUUCGUUCGAAGAUAGUGAAACGUCACCAGGAGCGCUUGCACUGGCAUUUUAUCAAGGAUUUUGGGCUUUUGCUGGUUGGAAUUAUCUCAAUUUCCUAACUGGGGAAGUAAAAAAUCCUGCAAGGACUCUUCCAAUUGUGAUUGUCCUUUCUCUUACAAUAGUUACACUCAUCUACAUUUUAACGAAUGUAGCCUACCUUGCAGUACUAUCACCUACAGAAGUUCUUGCUUCAGGUGAAGGAUCUGCUGCUAUAGCUGUGAAUUUCGCAACAAGAUGUAUGGGCUCCUUUGGUUUGGUAAUGCCGGCUCUCGUAGGCGCCUCUGUAUUCGGAAGUAUAAACGGUGAGGUAUUUUCCAUUUCUCGAUUGGCAUUUACUGCUGGAGAGGAAGGACAUAUGCCUGCCCUACUUUCAAUGGUUAACAUUGAACGUCUAACUCCAAUUCCCUCAGUGUUAUCUGUGGUGAUUUUAGCUAUAAUUUUCCAAAUGUUCGAUGAUAUAUUCUAUUUAAUCGAAUUAACAGGAUUUGCUUUUGCUGUCAUUUCUGCAAUGGCUGUUGGUAGUUUACUACACAUUCGUCGAACACAUCCUGAAAUGAAUACAUCUGGAUUUCGGUUACCUAUAUGGCUCCCUGUGUUGUAUCUGGUUGUCGACAUUGCUAUUGGAAUACUAACAGUAUAUCAGUCUCCAAAAACCUCUGCUAUUAGUUUAGGCGUGAUGGCGUUAGGCAUACCGGUGUAUCUUUUUGGAGUGUCGUGGAAGAACAAGCCAAAAUCCAUGCAAUUGCUAAUAUAUCGAGUCACAGUUACUCUGCAGAAAGUUUUAAAAGUUGUUGAACAAGAAGCCGCCUCUGACAAUGUCAAAGAAAAUGAUAUUCACAUGAAAUCUUCUGCACCAUCAUCUCCUGAAAUUUCCUGGGGUGUUACAACCUAAUAAUAAUGAUGAUGAUGAUGAGUGAUCGGGAGAAACGAAAUUUCUAUAAUGAGUGUGUGUGUGUGUCGUUUAUAUUUAUUAACUAACAACCCCACCCUGACCUCUAUCGAUUAUAGUACUACUGCUGAUACACACUACUGUCGCUGUGUUUUUUUUUGUACUUUUGAUAUUCUAUUCGUAUGUAAAUUGAUUCAACAACUCUGUGUGUAGCCUUUCAUCAUUUUAUCGUCAGAGCUUGCGCCAUUCUCACCACCAGCAGCCUUUUUUACGCUUCCUCUUCUUGUUCCUCCUGCGCCUCCGCCUCUACUCCGCCUCCGGUUGUUUAAACGCCGUCUUUGUGACAUUAUGCCUUAUCUUUUCAUCUUUUUUUACUUUGUGUAGUGUUAAUUGCAUAACGAUGACAACAAACAGAAUCCUUAUUCUGCGUUUUCGCUUAAAUCCAUUAUGAUUAUUAAUUAUGAUUAUUAUUAUUAUUAUUACUAUUGUAUUACUUUAUUGCCCAAUUAUGCUCCAUGAUUAGUCUUACAUAGCAUCCACCCUCCCUCCUGUGUGUGGGUGGGUGGGUGAGUGCAUACAAUAAAUUUUUUAUUAUUGAAUUAUGAGAACAGACAUCGAUGUAUUUUCACAUUUAAAACUGUCAGCUUUAUUUCAACGAAGACAUAUAAAUCACAUAUAUAUGUAUAUGACUGUUUGAAGUCUCAUUGAGUGUUAUUCAUUCAUUAGAAGAAAGAACUACAAAAUGUUGUGUGUGUAGGCGACUGUGUACGAUUGUCAAAAAUAAUUGAAUAUCCUUUAUGCUUGAAAUAUUUAUGUAAAUAAAAGUGUGUUUUAUACAGUGAAACAUUUUCCUUUUUGGAAAACUCAUUGUUCAUUGUCCAGUCAAACUUAUCGUCUCUACCACACCUACCCUUUUGAAAAUGUAUGUUUGCGUUAAAAGGUGGGGCAGUAACUCAU